AACAGGUUGUCACGGCAGUGCGCAUGCGCUUGUGGCGUGGCGCUUAGUUCGUAAUUUCCAAGAUGGCGUCGCACCUGAGACCGUACGAAGUUUUCUGGACGAAAGACGUCACUGAUGAAGAGAAUUCACUUGUCCAUGUACCAGGUGUAACGGAUGUUGGUAAUAAGAGGCCACAGAAGAAGGCCCCGGGAAGGAGAUCCCGUGAUCUUGGUCCCAGGAUGCCCAGCCCAGUACAACACAGCACACCAGAGAGGGACGACGACAGCGCAAAGCAUUCUGGGAUAGAAGCAGAGGACAAUGGGAAGGAAACAGAAGAUUCUGUUAUCAAACAACAGAAAGAAAAGAUUAUAAAGAAUGGCAGUUCGGACAGUAAGAAGCCUUCCUUGAAGGACCUGAGAAUCGAGGACAAGAAGAGGGUGGCCAAUCUCAUCAAGGAACUUGCCAAAGUUGGUGAGGAGAAGGAGAAAGCUGUGGAGACGCUACAGACAGAGAGACAGACGUACGACCAGAAGCUUCACCAGUUGGAACAGGAACAUCAGAAAACCCUGCAGGCCAUCCAAGACCAGUACCAACAUCUGGCCAGGGAGCGGGACCACAUCCUGUCUCGGGCAGCCAUGGCAGAGCAACAGUACCAGGAGACCCAGUCCCUCCUGACACUGUACCAGCGGCAGAUCACAGAACAGCAGGAGAUGGUCAACGAGAGACUGAAUGAGUCACUGAACGAGCUGCUAGCUUCACCAAGGAGGCUGUCACCACAGAUGCCAGAAACCCCAAAGCACACAGGGAUACCAGCAUCAACAGUUGGGUUCACACCACCUCAGAGACUGAACAGGGGGAGACAGGAUCCUAUCCCGUCACAGAGGUAUGCUGACCUGUACACCCCUCAAGUCAACAUGGUACAGCCUGGUGCUGAGGUCUCCUCAAGAGGAAUAUCCCACACUGGACCUACCACUCUGAUGCCACAGGGAGAAAUAGAUCUUAGAGGUUCUUACAGGCCGAAGGAACGCACAGUUCCAUCCAGAGAGGUGAUUUACUCAGACAAUGAAGACACUGUGUACACAGGAAAGUAUGCCGUCCACUACUACUUGGACCACCCCGAGAGAAUCCAGUCCAACCUCCCUCCUGGUGUGUUACCCUCCCAACAACACCCCCCUCCCCAGUACAACUCCCUUAUCCCCCCCGCUGACCCUGAAACACACAGCACCCCCCAGAGUUCCGUCAUCUCCUCGGUUCACUCUGCCCCAUCCUCAAACCAGGAUCCGGCGUUGUUACCCUUGGAAACGUUUCUCCCCUACUCUGGCGGUCAGCAGUCUAGCUCCCAGUACUCCUCAGCAGACUUCCAGCCUCUGAAGCCUGAGCCAGACUUUGAUUCGCAGCCCGCGUCUCAGAAAAGGACCGAAUCGCACGGAUACGUUUACGACAAGCCCCUGCUAAACGGGCAUGCUCAAAAUGGGACUGGUAGUGACCAGGUGCAUCAUGGGAUGGGAGUGGUGCAUGAUGGGAAGGGUGGUCUGUUGUCGCGGCAACUGGCCUGGGAACACCAGAGAGACCAGCUGAUGGCUCAGAAGCAGAGACUUGUGGAGGAGCAGGACAGACUGCGGAGGAUGUUAGCAGCACAGGAGGACCAACUCAGCCUGAAGAGGGCUCAACUACACAGACAACAGGUAAGACAUAAGGGCAGGCUGCAGUUCUUUGAGGAGAUGGGACGUUUUCCUUCAGACUCCAGCGUGACCUCAUCAGUCCGCAGCUCUCUCGCUUCCGUGGACCGCAAACUCCCCCGCGCCCCUGCCUCGCAUCCGUCGCGUCAACCCUCGCGGGAACCUGGGAGAAGGAAGGCGAAAUUUCGACAAGAAUUCUCCGCCAAUCCCAGAACGGACAAGUCCAGUAGGUACAGUGUUGAGCAGUUGGAUUGGGACCACACCUAUGACUACAGACACCCCACAUACAUACAGACUAACAUGCCACAGGAGGCAGGGGCUUCGGACAGGUCCAGUCUGGGACUAGGAUACAGAGACCGACUGCGGAGAACAGACAUGCCCAGGUAUGAUGAGCAGCUACAUGUGGACACAGAUGGAACUUCAGACCAGGUUUCCUCACAGGAGCUGUCACCGCCCUCCACAAAGUACCCUCCCUCCGAGCCAGGGUUCAAGUCUCCCACAAAACUCACCAAGCCUGACACAACCAGGGGACCACAAAAACAACAAGUAGAGAUGCCAGUGACUGAACCCAUCAGAGCCACUACAGCAGAGAAGGGGGUGGGGGGCGAGACUGUAGAGGAUGAUGGGAAGGGACAGGAGAGGCCAAGGUCAAGCGUCAGCGAUGCUGGCUCCAUCAAGGGCUUUGCUUCCCUCUACCCAGGGGAACAGAAGAGAUCCCCAGAGACAGUUGCAGGUACUACAGCAGACAUGGCCACUUCCCCAGCCUACACAGAGUCCAGUGUACAGACAGACGGAGGGACUGUGUCGGUCGGCACAUCUCCUGUUCACUUCUCACAGACAGGCACUCUCACCAAGAAACGGCCUGCUAGCAGGGAGUCCACAGGCAGUGGAGGACAAGUUGAAGCUGACAGGAGAUCCAAGUCUGAAAGACAGAAAAGCACUGGCAGCUUCUUGUCAUCCUUGGUGGACAUUGUGGACCUGGUGGACCCGUCACUGGGCAGUCAUUCUGGGCAUCGUCAUGGCAACAGAGCCAGUUACCAUGGAAACAAGUCAUCGCGUCCCAACAGCAGGCAGCGCCCAUUUACCGCACCAUCUUCCGAGAAGAAGGGGCUCAUGGGAUAUGGCCGGACUGUGCCAUCGGGUCGGGAGGGGGUGUCAGGGUAUGACAGGACUGUGCCAUUUCGUCGGGAGGGGGUGUCAGGGUAUGACAGGAUUGUGCCAUAUGGUCGGGAGGGGGUGUCAGGGUAUGAAGGAGGCAUCAGCCCCGACAUGUUUGCUAAUGAUGAGGACGAGUCCAUUACAGAACAGGAGUCUAGAAUCCUGGAGGAAGUUUUCUUCUUGAAGUAAACUGUUGCCUUACUGGAUAUCAUAUUACACCCCGUUCACAUUAAAUCCACAUCUGGGAUCCAAUCGCGAUUGAAUCAGGAUUGCCUCCAAUCGCGAUUGGAUCCCGAUGCGUUCACACUUGGUCGGCUCAUACAAUCGCGAUUGCGUUCCUUUCGCACUGGAAUUGCUGUCAAUCGCGACUGAAUCCACCUCCCAGAGAUGGAUUUGACUAAUCGCGAUUGGAGCGUUCAGAUUCAGAAGAAUCAAUCGCGAUUCAAUCGGGAUUGGACCUCAAUCCCGAUUCAAUCCUGAUUCGAAACUCAGUCUGAAUGGGGUGUUAUACAAAGCAACCUUAGAUGCAAUAGUGUGCCUUGCAAGUCACGCAUACAUGUACAUGAAACUGAUAAUACAGGUUUUGGUCCCAUCGAAUUCAAUAUAUUAUACAGACUCUUACCUUCUUACAGAUUUUAACACAUCAAGUAGUGCCAUCAGCCCGAAUGUUGCCAUUCCAAACGUGCUGCUAUGUUUACUCUCUGCUGCUAGGUUUACACGGUUAGAAAGUUAAUAGAAAGAAGUGCCUUCCUGUAGAAAUGAUAGAUCUGUGUUGCCAAAUAUAAUGUGCAUAUUCUGUGUUUUUCAUCUUUUUUUCUUUCAUUUGUACAUAGUGCAUGUAUAAAUAUUUUAUUGUUAGUUUCACUACUUGUAAAAAGUUUUGAAUUUGUUUUAGUACAUGAAGGAGGAAUCCCUCAAAAGUCUCAGCGUUUGGGGUAAAGAUUUUUGUAUAAAAUUUUUAGAGGAGGGGGUAUUUAGAAUCUAUUUAUGAAUAAAGUACAAUGGGGAAAUAUAAUAAUGACCCUCUUGAUUUGUAUUGUCAACCAUGCAAAUCCUAAUUAAAGCUAAAGUCACGUUAUUUUGAUACACAAUAGGCCAUUUAGAU